UUUCCAGGUGGCAGCGUGGGCGGCGAAGGCGUGUCAGUUUCUACUCAGGCUGAUAUAGCACAUUCGGCCAAAGGCUACGAAUCAGAGGAUGAAAACGCGAGCAGAAAGUGGCAAAAGGCCAACGACGAGCGGCCAGCCAGCAGAACUACUAUGUACUCUAAGCAGGAGUUCCGAGAGCAGUACUGCAUCAACAACAAACAACUGGACCUGCUGGAGCUGGAGAAGUCCAAGAAGGACAGAUUCCUCGGAUGCCUCUCUCAAUACCACAUCGAGAGUCCAUGUUCGAGAACCAACCGAGCAUCAUUUUUAUCCGUGUGCGUCCGCCGUCGGGUGCCCUCGGAUGAGAACCUCAACUCCGACUAUGCACCAAUACAGCGGUUUCCAAGGUUUGGCCAACCCACCCCCGUUCCACCCGAGCUAUGUGCCUAUGAUGCCGAUUUGGAGUGUUCGUACUUCCGCCGGAGACCAAGGUCCGUGUGUAGCCAGCCUGACCCGAAGCGGUACACAUGGAUGCCAGAAGAUGAAGACUUCACCCGGAUGGAGUGGCCACAAUCGGUAAUAGAAGAUAACGCGGGGUGGCCGCAAAAUUACAACAUAGACCAAAUAAGCUCUGUGACCCGAGGUGGAUCUUUGCCUAGACCACCGUCUAUAAUACCGCACACAUUCAUAUGGCCUACCUUCUGUUGCCCUGCGCACACGCCGAUACCCCCACCGCCACCGCCGCCACCGCUUACUAUUCCACCAAAUAGAACUAAACACGUAUCUUUCGCCCGUUCCCACACCUUGACCACGUUUGAUGACUCCGUUAUGCCAGCAGCAGUUGGUAAUAGAUUCCGCCGUGACUGCGAAAGGCUCCUGGAUGGACGACCUGUGAAGCCAGAAACAAAACAAUACUCAACAUUGCCGAUGAUGUAUCCACCAUACGCACCGUACCCGCAAUUCAUGACUGGCCAGAAUACUCCGGCACCAGCGCCCAUCCAUUAUCCGACGCAACCACAGUUCGCGACAUUACCCCAUGCCGGUCCACCGGUACAGCGGCCCACACAAACAGAGCAGCCUAAAGUCGUUGUCUUAGACUCAAUCAAAAAAGGAGUUAUGAGGACACAAGCAACACAGACUGAAGUAUGUUUAGGAAGAAAGCCGCUCCCGCCUAAUUAUUUAUCUUUGAGUCCACGAACUAUUAAACGGGUAAAAAUGGUAGCAGCAGGAGUCCAGACAAAUGGAUACACGGUAGGUGUAAGAAGACUCACAAAAUCAUUCUCUGAAGUAGGCGGCGAUCGAUUAGCUGGUCGAGAUUCUCAAAGCGAUAUCGAUGCUGUUGUUGAAAGCAUUAUUGGAACUGAUCAUGAAAAACUCCAUAGAACACAAUCUGAAGAACCUCCAAGAUCACCUCGUUCGCCCACGUCUAUGAUGCCACAAUCUCCUUUAAUGCAAAGAAUGGAUUCAGAUGAAGUGACAUCUUCAUCUGUAAAAUCAGUAGCGUCGUCCCAAUUAGAUAAAUCAUCGGAACUAAGUGUUUUGCAAAGACAAGCUCAGGAAUACUUUCAACAAAAUUUCCAGUUUAUUCAUGAAAGCGAUAGAGACGAUACAAUUGAUGAUGAUAUAGAAACAAUUGAAAAAAGUAUGGCAUUAAAUAGAAGAAACUUAGAAUAUCUGCAACAAGAGAUAGCCAAACAAGCUAAGGGCGAUAGGUCACUAAGAUCAAUUCUAUCUAAAAGUACCAGUGACACUUCACAGAAAACUAUUAAUUCACAUCCACUUUCAAAAACAUCCACAUUUCAUUCAGAACCUUCUACAGAAACAUCUGCUACAACGACAGAUGAUAGUGAGAAAAAUGAAAAAGAAAUUAUAAUCGACUUUGAACCUAGGCCUGAUGAAGAAGCUAUACCAUUCACAACACUACAUAGAAAGAAUAGAAAAUUACAGAAGACUCUGUCCGAAGGAGAAAUUCUUUUAGAUGUGAGAAAAAUCGAAAUAAAUGGCGAAGGUACAAAAGAUGUUCCACUUGUUAUGUCCACUAGCCAAGAAAAUAUGACAAGAGAGGAUCGUGAAAGAGAAGCAGUAUAUCGACAAUAUAUUGGCCAAAAUUAUAUACAAACACCCAUUAAGGACGAAGGCAUUUUUGGUUUUGAGCCUGAUGGGUCAUUUAGUUCUUCAGACGGGAAUGCACCAUAUGAAGAUUUUCAUGAAAAAUACAUUAGUUACAAGCAUGAACCGUUUAGAAAUCGAAGCGUAAGUUUCGAAGAGCGUACAGAAAUUAUCAGUAAAAAGGACGAAAUUCCUGAAAACAGUACUGCAAAAUCAAGUCCAGGAUCACCAGAACCGACAAGCAUCUGCGUAGAUGUAGAACACAAGGCAAAAAAAGCGGUAAUAUUAAAUAGUAUCACAACAAUUCUUACUCCAUUAGAAAAGGUAUCACCAUGUGCUUCGAAUGAAUCUCUCACUGCGGACCAUAGCAGAGAUCACUCCGAUGGAAUGUGGAAUGAAUCACAAACUACAGUCUUACAAGUAGAUUCUGGGACUGAAAAUGGAACCGUAAUAAGCUCAUCAGAUCUCAGUUCAUUAGCAGCUUCACCAGGUGCUCUUGCACUACUAACACCUACAUCACGAAGAAAACAACUUUUAUUAUUACAACACCAACAACGAUCCUCUUUAGAUACAGAUGCUUUAGAUGAAGAAUUUGAUGCCUCACAAAGUCAGUCACCAACGUCCCCUCGAAAUAAACUAGACACCUCUAGUUCAAGUUCAGUACAAGCUAGAUCUUCCUUGUCUCCACCUGCAGUUGUUCCCAAUAUUAGUCUACCAAUUACAAAACAACCAACGAUAUCCAAAAAUAUAUCUACAAUUGGACCACAUAAAGUUAAUCACACUCCAGCAAUAGCCAUUACACAUCCUAGUUUAGAUUUAUCAGACGUACCAUUUAAACGAACCCCUAGUAUUAUUAAUAAGAAACGUGAACGAGCUUUGAGUCCUUCUAGAAGAAAGGAUUUACAGAAGAAAGCGCAACAAAAGGAACCAAAUGGUACCAUUCCUAAUCAGAUUAUAGAAUCGCCAUCUGAAACUCCCUUAGCUAAAGCAGCCAGUAGUGAAACUAGCUUAGCUAGAACGGAUUCUGGAAAAAUAAAUACUACAGAUGUGUCAGAAAGUACGACAACCACAGAAGAUUAUGUUACAGCUAACUCAGAUAGCUCCAAAAAAAGUAAUAGUAAAAAUCAAAAUCAAACUCCGGAAAAUAAUAAAACACAGGAGGGUUCAUCUUUUGAGAGUGCAUCAAGUUUAUAUUCAUCAACCCGAACAGAAAAUAUAGUGGAGGACUUAGUUGUGCCAAGCUUUUCGCCACCAUUAGAAAUUAGCGAUGAUUUUAUUGUACCAAAUCUAUCUUCACCGCCUUUACCAUUACCCGAACGAGUUCCUAAAACAGUUAUCGAAAAAAUUGAAGUGAAAGCAGAGGUUAACCAAACAACAGAAUUUGCUAGGAGAGAUAAGACUGAAAUUAUUAAACAUAAUGAAGAGAUUACUAAAAUAACUAAACGUACUUCGCGGGAUACAGUAAGUGGAAAAAGUAGCUCAAGUGGAAGUUAUAGUAUAGGUGGUUCAAAUCCAAAUGUGACUGAAGAUAUAAAUAACAAGGCGCCUACUGAAAGGACGAAAAAAGUUCCCGAAAAGAUAGAAGUUAAAACGAAAGAAGAGAAAUCUAUAAAUUUAAAUAAAAGAAAGGAACAAAUGGUUCCGAAAAUGAUGGGUUCUGUAUCGGAUGAUGAGCGAAGUGUUCAUUAUUCAUCUUCCGGCUAUUAUGAAAGUCCUGUGGAUGAUGAAGAUGAUGGUGGAUUAACUUACAAACACUCACAACGAUAUAGAACAACUAAUAGACAAAAAACGUGGUUAGAGGAGAAAAGAAGAAAAAAGAAAGCUUUCACAUUAGAAUUUUCUAAAUCUUACGAUGACUCGAUAUCUACUUCACAAGAUGAUUGGGGUAAGAAAGGGAAAGAAUCUGAUUGUAUAAGCCAGCGUUCAGAACGUAGUAUAUUUAAACCAAUAAAUUUAAAAUCACCUGAUGAGAAACCAACUGAAACAAGAAAAAAGAAAACGCAUUUCAAGGAGACGACUAAAAGUGUGCAAUCUUCACCUCGUGAACCAAUUGAUGUAGAAAAAUCGUUGAAAGAUAAAAUAACUAAAGAAAAGGAUACAGAAACAAAAAGGCCACAAGAAAGGGAACGAUAUGUCAAAAGAACGAAAUUGAAAGCAAAAAGUCCUACGCAAAACAAAACUAUAGAUAACGGCCAUAAUUAUAGAUCUCAACAUUAUGAUAGACGAGAAAUUAUGGGAUCUAAUAUGAAGCUACAUCUUAAUAUUCCUACAUCAGAUGAUUCUAGUGAACAAUAUAGAAAGGAUGGCGCAGGAAACGGUAAUAUAUCUCCAAGAAAACAUAGACGCUUACGAGAUAGUCCUAGAAGAAAAACGGGCACUAAUUCAAAUUUAGUGAAGUCACCGACAUCGGCAAAUAAUCAUUCCGCAUAUAGUUGUAGGCCUCGUAGAAAAAGCGGGUCCAAUGAAAGCAUAUCACUUCCCGGUAGUUUGCCUAGAAGAAAACAAUCAAUUCUCACAGUACCCUGCUUAAGUUCUCUAGAAGCCGAAGAUAUAAAUACUACUAGAACCCUUACCAGUGCAGGCUCAAGAUUAACACCUUUACGGUACAUUAAAAGUCCAAAUACUUCACCUAGACACCACAGAAAACAAGAUAGAGACGGAAAAUUUGCAAAAGCAGCGUCCGCAGAAUCAUUGCGUUCAGUGUCACCAGGCUCAGACUCUGUUUUCUAUUCGGAGCAAACAGAACACAGCUUCACAGGUGCCGAUGGAGAAGCUAAAGCUCAUUGCUUGCAUUGCGGCAAAGAAGUACAUAUUGUUACUGCUGCUGCACACGAACAUGAUAGUGUAGCUUCAAGAACUUCACACACUGAUGAAUCGUAUGCUGACGCUACACCAGAUAUAGUGCCCGCUCCGGCGGGGUUCGCUGAUUCCCCGUCAUGCAUCAGUUCCAAAAAACACUCAAGUGGCGCCAGAUUAUAUAAAAAACUUGAUAAAAGAUAUCGUUCUGAAGACAAAUCUAGACACCAUUAUCGAAACCGACAAGAUGUUCGAGCAAAAUCUGAAGAAAGAGGAAAAGAAGAAUAUGCAGCUAAUGAAAAACCGGCAGACACAAGAAUUGCACGUUCUGCUGGAAAUAGUUUAGAUAAACUGGCUGGUUCAAGUGCAGAUCCUGAUGAGCAUGAAGAGUGUUCGGGUAGCUCGGAAGGAGCUGAUGGAGGCCGUGAAGAAAAAGGUGUUUAUGCAGCUCCGUGGUGGUGUGGUAACUGGAUACUACUUUCUGAAAACGAUGAUAAUUGGACGAGGAUACCGCCAGAUCUAUUAGAGACCGCUGAAAGUUCUAAAGAAGACCCAACAGAAUCGGAAACCGAAUUUAACAAGAGAUACGUAGCUCUCACACAUAGACUUGUGCACAGGCGAGCAUGUAUUGAACUGAAUAGACGACAAGCGGAUAAUACUUUUGAAAGUGACAAGACAGUCGUCGUCAGACGUGGCAAUGAGGAAUUCGGCUUCAGAAUCCACGGAAGCAAACCAGUCGUAGUGUCAGCGAUCGAACCCGAUACCCCGGCCGAAACAUCGGGUUUAGAAGUUGGUGAUAUAGUAAUAGCUGUUAAUGGGAUCAAUGUUUUAGAUAAGACUCAUUCUGAAGUAGUGAAAAUAGCUCAUUCGGGAUCAGAGAUACUCGAAUUAGAUGUGGCAAGAACAUGCGAAGUGGUGGCGUCAUUAGCUCACGAAGGUGGACCAGCAGCUCUAUACUCAGGAUAUCUAUGGCGAGCAGCGCCAGUCAGACCUCAUCAUCCACCUCGUUGGACCCGAAGAUGGUUCGUCCUGAAGAGGGACAACUGCCUUUACUAUUACAAGACAGAUUCGAGUAUACACCCAGUAGGUGCACUAAUGCUUGUUAACUAUCAACUUACGGAGGAAGAGGGAGGAAGACCACAUGGCUUUCGAUUACAGCGCGGCGGCGGUACAAGAUUGCAACUAGCCGCUGACACAGCGGAAGCAUCCGCUAGAUGGCGCGCUGUACUCGCGCAUGCAAUAGACGCUAGUAACCAGCGUGACGGCUGGUUAGAAGUCACAAUGAGAAAUAUGAAGUUGCCGCCUUCGUCUAUACCACGGCCUGACUGUUUCGGAUAUCUGAUGAAACUGGGCUCAAAAUGGAAGUCAUGGGCGAAGAGAUAUUGCGUGCUGAAAGAUGCCUGCUUGUAUUUCUACAACGAUGGAAACAGCAAAAGUGCAUUUGGUAUGGCAUGUCUUCACGGGUACAGGAUACAGACGUGUGCGCCAGGCGGCAAAAAAUACGCGUUCGAAGUCAUGCCUACAGAAACCAAACAGCGGCACUUCUAUUUCCACACCGAGUCAGAAAUGGACAGAAAGAGAUGGAUGGCCGCUUUGGAAUACUCUAUAGACCGAUGGAUGAAGGCCGGUUGACGACGACACAUCACUCCAGAUGAUUCAUUCGACGUCUAAAUAAUAGUUUCAUUAAAUUAUUUUAUUUUAUUUUGUUUUCCGUUAUUUGUACCUUU